GGAUCAGCUACCCUCAUAUUGACGCAUCAUUUUCUCUACCUAUCGUAAUCGUGACUGCAAGAAUCCUAAAAACGACAUAAAAUGUGUUAAUGGUACUGAUAACUACCAUUAUUUGCUUAAAUCGUGAAGUGCUUACUGUUUUACACCGAAUAGUGUUAUUUACGGAGUGAAAUGACGCAGUAUUUGCCACCAAAUUUGCUGGCAUUGUUUGCUCCUCGUGAGCCUAUUCCAUUUUUACCUCCGCCGGAUAAACUUCCACAUGAGAAAAAAUCGCAAGGUUAUGGCGGUGUUGGAGCAUUUCUGGAUUUGUUCGAGGACCCGAAAGAUACUCCGCCACCAACGCGGGUUGAAACGCGAGAAGAACGGAUCGAGCGUAGACGCCGUGAGCGGUCCGAACAGGUAGCGUAUAAACUGGAACGGGAGAUUGCCACCUGGGACCCAACACAGUUGGCGGCUGCAACCGAAGAUCCCUUCAAGACACUUUUCGUUGCUAGAGUGAAUUAUGACACAUCAGAAUCCAAACUGAGAAGAGAGUUUGAAAUUUACGGAAGCAUUAAAAAGAUCAUUUUGAUUCACGAUAAGGAAACCGGCAAACCUCGCGGUUACGCAUUUAUUGAGUAUGAACAUGAACGAGACAUGCAUUCUGCCUACAAGCAUGCAGAUGGUAAGAAAAUUGAUGGUAAACGAGUGCUGGUCGAUGUCGAGCGCGCUCGUACGGUAAAGGGAUGGCUUCCUCGCCGUCUCGGUGGAGGGCUUGGUGGUACCCGUCGUGGAGGGCCUGAUGUCAAUAUCAAGCAUUCUGGCCGAGAAGACAAUGAACGUGAACGAGAGCGAUAUCGUUUGGAACGGGAACGAGAGGACGGGAUGCGCGAGCGACGAGAGCCCAGAUUUGAACAGAGACCCUUCGAUCGUCGUCGUUCACGCUCUCGUGAUCGCGACCGUCGUCGGCGCAGUCGCUCCAAAGAUCGCCGUCGGAGACAUAGUCGUGAGCGGGAGCAUGAAGAACCAGAACGUAAAGAUCGUUGGGAGAAGGAUCGUGAGCGCAGCCGGGAGAGGGACCGAGAAUGCGACCGCGAGCGAGACCGUGAACGUGAUCGUGAUCGUGAUCGCGACCGAGAGAAGAAACGUAGACGCAGUCGCAGCCGAUCGCGAGACCGCGAACGGGAGCAGCGUGUCGAAAAGAAACGAGAUAAACGGGACAAGGACCGGGAACGUAAGGAACGUAAGCCCGAGUUCCGCGAGGGCGAUAUCAAGAUUAAAGAAGAGCCGAUGGACGAUUACCCUGACUACAGUGCCCAGUACGCACAGUACCCAAUGCAGGUUAAGACUGAAGACGGCGUCGAAGAGAAAUAUCGUCCUCAUGAACACGAGGAGGAGAAUGGAGCGGCCCGUGGGCGAGUCGGAGAAAAUGGUGCCCGCUUUGGAGCAAUGCCUCACAACAAUGAUAAUUACAACGAUCGGUAUGGUGGUUAUUAGUAGUGAAACCCGAACAGGUUUGUCCAUUUUGGGUGGCAAAAGUUUCAGCAAUUUAUGCUUUUAAUUGUAGUAGGCAACUGUGAGUGGAUGCAAAGAUUUUCGUGGUCGUGCUACAUUUCCCGACCCAUUCAAAACUAAUUGUAAAUGGUAAACAUCAAAUCAAACGUAAUUGAUACGUACAAAAAAAAAACAAGACAAGUCUAUGAUAAAUAGGCCGCAAAGUCAAACGUAUCUCAUAUCGUUUGUUUCUUAAAUUUUACUUUCUCAGGUCAUGCACAACCAGUGCUGUGUUGUGCCUGUAACAACCUCGACACUUAUUUUGCAAAGCUGCAUGUACCCUAACGCGUAUCAUGCUAGCGUUCACAGUGAAACGCCAAAAGUGUGUUUUUUUUCCAAUACCGAUAGAAAUUUGAUGAUCCCAGGACUAGUAUGCUUUAAAGUAAGUACUAAAUAAACAAUUGAUAGCUGGUUUUAAAAUUA